AUGGGAACAUUGGUUAUGGUUCCCGUCUGUGCAAAGUUCUGGAUGGUGGAUAGCAAAUGUUGCGGAUGAUAUGGCUAUUGCCCUAGGCCGCAGGGGGUCCCAGUUUGUUACUCUACUUCAGCAGGGCUGCUUAGCUGAAGGGCACAACAGUGUAAAACAAGUGUAUAGGCGAUUUCUUAUAGAGGCAAGUACCGGUGGACCAACGGGCGAGGAAACUCUAUCCUAUCUUCGGUGUCUGCAAUUUAACGGGGGUCCUUCAGUUAACCAAGUAUUGACUUAUGGAUUAGUUUGCCGCUUGCUUUUCCCAGUGCCUAGUCGUUUAACGGCAAAUUUUGAUUAG